UUCAGGAUGUUCGCGUCAACAUUUCUUGUCGUCUGCUUAUUUUCAAAUACUAUAUCAGAAGAACCCAGCACGUGGUCUUCGGAGCAGCAUACUGAAUUUUACACUAAAGUUCCCGAUACAUGGUCUACAAAGCUGCCUUCUGACAACGCCUCUAAGAUGCCGGAGUCUGAUACUAAUGAUUUGGUGUGGUUAAAAGCAUGGGCCACGGAAUAUCAAACUCAGCAACUAUUUCCACUUGAUUCGCAAAUAAAGGACAGACGGACACUAUCUAAAAUAUCAUGUCUAGUUAUAAUAAACAUAUACUGCCUUAUUCUGGAAAGAAUGUCUUUAAUAUAGCAAUUAAUGUAAGUCUUGUUGCUGUAGGAGAAAUCGACGAAAUAGAGGAAAAGCUGUCAACUGUGUUGUGGUUAAUAUACAAGUGGAAAGAUGAAAAUAUUAAAUGGAGACAAGACGAAAAUAGCAUAACAGAUAUAACUUUUGGAUGGCUAGACGUCUGGAAACCAGUACUGAGAGUGGAGAACCCUCAUGCAGAUUCUUCCAACAGACAGACUUCCGAUCGCUCGUUUGUAAGUAGUUUAACUGAAAUAUACAUGUAUUGAUAGUCCCGUAAAUGUUAAGCAAUACGCAAUAGGCAUAAAGUUUUGACCUAAAGUGUUUCGGCGUGCUACUAAACCCAACAAGAAGAUAACAAACAAAACAGUAAGUUUUACAAAAGAGACGAUUUAGGUCUAUAUAGUCAAUAAGA